UCAGAGAGAUGUUUUUUUUUGUACCAUUUGUACUAUUAGUUGAAAUUUUGCUUUCGUUUUCGACUGAUUGUAACGCGCUCACGGGUGUGUUUUGUUAGUAUUUUGUUUCUGUCGCGACGGUCACAAAGUGUGCUCGUUCUUACUGCAUCUCUCGUGUGUACAAUUCCAGAGUCGAAACGAAACGAAUUCAUGUUCAUUUCUUGACAUGUUCGCUGCUGCUGCUCUUAAGCAAACGCUUUUCAUAGAUUCGGCUCGAAGAAGAAAAAUCCGUGCGUUCAACUGAAUUCACUUCCUUGAACUUGUAAGUUAAAAUUAAAACCAAGUGCAAAAAGAUAAAAAAAGGUACUUCGUGAAAUUGUUUAUUUUUUCUUUUCGAUCAAAGAGAAAUUUAUCUCAAAGUGUAUGUUUUCUAUUAUUGUUCAAUGUCAAUCGAAGUUUAUCGUCAGCGGAAAUACAGAAGUCAAAAUCAAUAAGUGUGCGCUGAUUCAAAGGAAUCUCCUACAAACAAAUGAUAAGGCGCCUAGCCAUUUGAAUCAUCGAAAGAACUGUGACACUGAUUACACUAUUUGUUUUGAUGUCAAACAAUUGCAAAUAGCAUACGUUAUCGACUUACGGAUAUCACGUAAAUUGCAUCGCUUCAUUUUGUUGUUAUUGCUAAAUUCAAGUUUGUGAUUUUUCGAUAUCAGUUUUUUUUUUGUGAAGCACAACAAUGAGUAGUGAAUAGAAUUAGAAAAAAAUAGUACAAAUUGAAUAUUGAGUGUUUGAUAAAAAAAAUGAAUUCAUUGCAUGCAUGUCGAACGACAACUAGACUCAUCGAAUCAUUCACAUAGCCAACCAUUUACGGUCAACACUCAACUGAGACGCACAUGAUUUCAUUCGAAGACAAUGGCCCAGGAUACUUUCAUCGUAUAAUUUGCAACAAGUAGUCAUCAAGAACUUAAACCAUUUAUAACCCAUUCACAAAUGUGCUGAGAAAAAAGAACUAUAGCCGCAAAAUAUUUUGGACACAAUGCAGAAAAACUGAUGACGCCUUCAAUUUAGCUAGUUAAAUAACAAUUGAGCGACUGUGUUGUUGUUCUUCUUCCAUUCAUUUAUACAAAUAAAUGAUUUUCUUCGUUCGUUGCGUAAUUUAUUGAAUGUGAUUUAUUGAAAAUAACCUGAAAAAAAAACGACAAAAUAAAAAUGCUUAAAGAACUCCCAUCAACUGAUAAUUCAUCACCGACAGCCGAUCAUUGCUGUGGCGGUUGCGGUCGUUCCAUUCGUGAUCGAUUUUACCUAUUGGCUGCAGAUCGAUCGUGGCACGGUUCGUGUUUGCGAUGCUUCCGAUGUUCCCAGCCUCUUGAUUCUGAACUCAGUUGCUUCGCUCGUGACGGAAAUAUUUAUUGCAAAGAAGACUAUUACCGAUUGUUUUCAUCACGACGAUGUGCCCGAUGUGGUACGGGGCUCAGUUCAUCGGAAUUGGUAAUGCGUGCACGAGAUUUGGUUUUUCAUGUUGGCUGUUUUUGUUGCAUACUUUGUGGACAGCAUUUAAGUGCCGGCGAUACAGCAGCUGUACGAGGCGGACGCGUAUUUUGCAGUGAGCAUUAUGAUGCUGAUGUUUUAAGCGAAUCGAAUUCACUAUCGCCACCAUUCUUCACCGGCACCAAUGGCACAGCACAAAAGGGUCGACCACGAAAACGUAAACUAAUGAUAAAUCACCAUCAAAAUGAUCCUCUUAAUUUAGGAACGGCAAUGCAAAUGGAUUUGAUGCACGCCGAUUUGCAAGCAACAUCAUUAGAUCUCAACUAUGAUGGCAGUCAAUCGCCCGGCUCUGGCGGUAGUCUGACACAGCAAACGCGUAACAAACGGAUGCGCACCUCAUUUAAGCACCAUCAAUUGCGAACGAUGAAAUCGUAUUUUGCCAUUAAUCAAAAUCCCGACGCAAAGGAUCUGAAACAAUUGUCACAGAAAACGGGUCUGUCGAAACGUGUUCUGCAGGUGUGGUUCCAAAAUGCCAGAGCCAAGUGGAGAAGGAAUUCGAUGAGACAUGAUGGCAACCAAACGGGCAAUCCAACGUCUGGCACACCGUUGACACCGUUAACAAUUGGCGGACCGCCAAGCGUUCAAUCCACCUCGAGUAGUAACAUCGAUACAUCCGGCAUGACACCUUCUCACGCACUCGAAGAGAUGCAUCAUUUAACAUUUUCUGAGCUUUACUAAUCCCAUUUGUGUCACAGCCGGCGCAGAAUGCAGGAGAUGAGUGCGUCGCAUUAUGCAACACCACCGCUAAUUUCAGCAACAACAACAAACUAUUCCUAUAUUACAACAAAAAUCUAAUACAACUAUUUAACUAUUAUGAGUAUAUUUAAGUGUACAUUUGUAACUGUAAUAAAAAAAACAAACAACAACAACAAGAACAUAGACGUAUUUUUUGCAUUAGGUAUUUAAAAACAAAACAGAGAAUCAAGCACAUUACAAACAAAUGGCAACAAAAUAACUAAUUUUGAUUUAGUAUUGUGUAUUUAGUUAUUAGAUGAUGAUGAUGUUUUUUGUGUGUAACAUCACAGUGUGAUUGAAUGCAAAACUCAAAACAAACAAGACAAAAACAACAUUUACAAGUGAAGAAUCCUUAAGUAAUUUAUUUAAUUUCUUAGAUUAUAUAAAAACAAUAAAAUCUGAAGCCAUGCAAACGAUUACGUGCCACAAUACAACUAUAAUCAGAACCGAAUGAUGGAAGCAUUAGCUGUACGGUCGUGAUCGUUUGAAAUAUUUGAAUUAAUAUGAAAAUAAUAAAACGAAAAACCUAUUUGUCGUAGUAAAGAGUAUGAAGAGAAAAGUGUACGAAUGAUAAUAUUGAAAAUCUGUGAAACAUUCAAAACUGAAAUAAAGAAAAAGCUUUGCCUGAACUGUACCGAUUUUGAAUGGAGUUC